AUGGCGACUUUGGAUCGCGAGGACGACUUCACGGACAUGGUUUACACUCCUCCCCUCUCGACUCGCUCCCGCUCCAACAGUAGACUGCGCGGGAGGCCUCAGCAGCCGCCACAAGAAAACUUGAAACAAUUCUGGGAGCAAUUCAACUCUAGGUUCCCGGGCAAGGUGUACACCGUCUUGCCAGACAAUCCGUACGCUAGAACCAAGGCGGCUCGUGCCCCAAAGGGCAUCAUAAAGGGACAAGAUGCCGGCAAAUCCUACGAACAAGCUCGCAAGGAGUGUGAGCGGGCUGUCAAUCGUAUUGCAAAAGAAUGCAGGCGCCUCAAUCAGAAAUACUCGGACCCGCAUUUCGAUAUUGAAAUGGACUUGAAAGGUGGAACCCGGAAUUGCCUGGAUGGCCUUGACAAGCAGAAUGAUGAGAUGCGCCCGAUGGGGGUGAAAAGAGUUACUGAGAUAUUUGAGAAGCCUCAGUUUUAUGUUAACGGACCGACAGCCUCAGAUGUGCGCCAGGGCCGUGAUGGGGAUUGCUGGUUCAUGGCUGCGCUUUGCACAAUGGGAAACAAGGCGGGACUGAUAGAGAAGAUUUGUGUCCACCGGGACGAAGAAGUGGGGGUUUACGGAUUUGUCUUUUACAGAGAUGGCGAGUGGCAACAAUGUAUUGUGGAUGACAAGCUCUACCUGCGUGCUGCUGACUACGACGAGUCGAUUGAUGAACGCCCAGUUUGGGAUAAUAUCAACCGCAAAGAUACCGAGGAAGAGUACCGCAGAGCCUUCCAAGUGGGGUCGAGAGCUUUGUACUUUGCACAGUGUGUGGACGAAAACGAGACAUGGCUCCCACUGCUGGAAAAAGCCUAUGCCAAGGCACAUGGUGAUUACUCUGCCAUCGAAGGAGGUUUUGUUGGCGAGGCAGUUGAAGACUUGACAGGCGGCGUGACGUCGGAUCUCCUCACCAGCAACAUUUUAAACAAAGACAAGUUCUGGAAUGACGAGCUCAUGCAGGUCAACAAAGAAUUCUUAUUUGGCUGUGGCACUGGUCUGUACUCGAACUGGCUCACACCAAACCAUCGCGGACCACCACGAGACAGAAAGGGUAUUUCCGAGAACCAUUCCUAUUCCAUCAUGGAUGUUAAAGAGAUUGAUGGAGUACGCUUGGUAAAGUUAAGGAAUCCUUGGGGGAAGAAAGAAUGGAACGGUGCCUGGAGUGAUGGGUCUGAGCAAUGGACACCUCAGUGGAUGGAGAAGCUGAACCAUAAAUUUGGCAAUGAUGGCUUCUUCUGGAUCUCGUACGAGGAUCUACUGAAAAAGUACCAACAUUUCGACCGCACCAGAUUGUUCGGACCGGAAUGGACGAUUACCCAACAGUGGACGAGCUUGAACGUCCCUUGGUCUGCGGACUACCAUACUACCAAGUUCAGGCUGAACGUUACCAAGGCUGGGCCAGUUGUCCUUGUUUUAUCUCAGUUGGAUACCCGCUACUUCAAAGGUCUUAUUGGCGAAUAUGACUUUGUUCUAAAAUUCCGUCUUGAGAAAGAGGGCGAGGAAGAUUACAUCGUGCGGAGCGUCAACAACUCCCUUAUCUCCCGUUCUACUAACGCGGAGGUUGACCUUGAACCUGGAUCCUACCACAUCCUCAUGAAGAUCACAGCCUACCGGUGUGGCUCUGAGUCCACCGAGGAGACGGUCAGACGUCUUGCGUCGACCCGACGCGAAAAGCUUGUUCAGAUUGGCCUCUCAUACGAUCUCGCACAUGCCAAGGGCAUUGUCCACGAAACUGAAGCUGAAAAGCAAGAACGAGAGGAGCGCGAAUACCGUCGCAAGGCUGCAGAGCGGAAGAAGCUGCGAGAAGAAACGAAGAAGAGGCUCCAACGCGAGUGGAUCCGCAACCAGAAGCUUGUGGCGCGCAGGGCAAGGGCUGAAGAAAGACUCGCAACGAAAGCCGCCAAACUUCAAAUCAGCGACCGAAAUGCUGGGUCUGAGCGAGUUCUGUCCGACAGCCCCGUUGAAUCGCCGUCUGACAUGAACGGCCAUGUAGAUGGCACUGACGUGCCGGUCGAGAACGGUUCAGUGCCGAGCAUCAGAUUCGACGAAACUCAUAUGGUACUUACGCCCCAGUCUUCACAUGAUACAUACUCGAUGCGGUCCUGCCGCCACCGCUCAACAAACUCCAUUAGCCGCCAUCGCCGCCGUACACACAACCGCGACCAAGACUUACUGGAAGGAUUUGAGUUCGACUCGGAUAUUGAUAUGCCUCCAGAGGAGCCUCUCACAAUUAGAGCACCCAGCAUGCAGACGUCACUCAGCGACGGGCACGAUAGCACGACCGAUCCAUGGAAUGCAGUGUGUGUGGUCGGGCUGCGAGUGUACUCCAAGGACGAGAUGCUUUCUCUUGAGGUCGUUCGUCCUGUUCCUGAGCAUGAGACCGAGGCUGCGCUCGACAUCGAUGACCCGGCUCUCAGCGCGACAUCCGAAAAGGGUUCGCGAUUGUUCGCUAUGCAGUUUGAAUGA